AUGGCGGGCGGUGUUGGCGGCGGCGGCUGCCCGUCGGCGGAGUCUGAGGGGGAGGCGGCGAUAGCCUGCGAGGCCCUCCGUCUGCUGCGGAUCGAGCCCUCAGCCGUCGGCCCCGGCGCGGCGCGUGCGGGCGACGCGGCGCGGUGCUCGAGGAAUGCGCUGCGGAAGCGGAGGCGUUGGGAGCGGGUCCUGGCGGCGAAGAGGAGGAAGCGGCGGCAGGAGCGGGAGAGGAGCAGGGCCCGGCGGGCCGAGGGCCCAGGGACAGCCAGCCGGGACGGCGGGAGGGCCCCGGCCGCCCUCGCGAAGGAACGCCUUCUGGAGGCUAGGGCGUCGGGGCCCCGGCUCUGCGUGGACCUCGGCGUGGCCUACCGCAUGACGCAGAAGGAAACAAGCCGCCUCGCCUCUCAGAUCAGGAGACUCUACGGGGCAAACAGGCGGGCUGAGAAGCCGUUUUGGCUCUGCCUGACGGAGUUUGUGGUGGGCUCAUUGAUCUAUGAAGAAUGUUUUCGUAUGAACGACGGCUUCUCCAAUUAUUUGAUGGAUACAACUCAAGAAAGUUAUCUGGAUCUGUUUCCUUUAGAUACAAUCGUUUAUCUCACUCCUGACUCUGAGAAUGUCCUUGAAGAUAUCGAUCCAAAUAAAGUGUACGUCCUUGGAGGCCUGGUGGAUGAAAGUAUUCACAAGAAGCUGACUCUGCAAAGGGCGCAAGAGCAGUCCUUGCAAACCGCCCGCCUCCCCAUUCGCGAGUACAUGGUGAAAACCGUUAACACCAAGAACUACCACUCGGAGACACUGGCAAUCAAUCAAGUCUUUGAUGUCUUAUCAACCUACUAUGAGACCCGAAGCUGGCCAGCAGCCUUGAAAGCUGGAGUUUCUUCUGGAAAAGGCUAUGUGCUACCAGAUGCAGUGAAACAAGUGGAAAUGCUUCAGCAUGACAAUGCACAAGAAAACUCUUUAUUUUGUGAUGUUAAGGAGCUGUGCAGGCAAGAGAGGCAAACUCCAAAUUUCAAGCAGAGGCACCAGCAUGAAUGUGCAUAGAGAAAACAGUUCUGC